GCUGGAGACCCCGCUCCUCGGACGCCCCGCGACCUCAGGGCGUAGACUUUGUUAAGGGGACGGGGGCGGGUGGGGGGAAGUGGAGUUGGGAAUUGGAAAUGUACGGAUUGAACUGUGUCAAAGUUUCUCGCCCUGGGGGACUAGGCUUCUCGGCGUCUUCCCCCCGCUUCUUUCCUGCCUCCGCAAAAUGAAACCACCAGUCCUUGCCCAUUUGAACCUCAAAGCCGACCCGGAAGAGCUCUUCACCAAGCUGGAGAAGAUCGGAAAGGGUUCCUUCGGGGAGGUGUUCAAGGGCAUUGACAACCGCACUCAGAAAGUGGUGGCCAUCAAAAUCAUUGACCUGGAGGAGGCGGAGGACGAGAUUGAGGACAUCCAGCAGGAGAUCACCGUGCUCAGCCAGUGCGACAGCCCCUACGUCACCAAGUAUUACGGCUCCUACCUGAAGGAUACUAAGUUAUGGAUAAUAAUGGAGUAUCUCGGUGGGGGCUCCGCACUGGACCUGUUAGAGCCUGGUUCCCUGGAUGAAACUCAGAUCGCGACCAUAUUGAGAGAGAUCCUGAAAGGACUCGACUACUUGCAUUCAGAGAAGAAGAUCCACAGGGACAUCAAAGCUGCCAAUGUCCUGCUCUCCGAGCACGGGGAGGUGAAGCUGGCCGACUUUGGUGUGGCAGGCCAGCUGACCGACACCCAGAUCAAAAGGAACACCUUCGUGGGGACCCCGUUCUGGAUGGCGCCCGAAGUCAUCAAACAGUCAGCCUACGACUCCAAGGCAGACAUCUGGUCCCUGGGCAUCACUGCCAUCGAGCUCGCCAAGGGGGAGCCCCCGCAUUCGGAGCUGCACCCCAUGAAGGUUUUAUUCCUCAUUCCAAAGAACAACCCCCCGACGCUGGAGGGGAACUACAGCAAACCGCUCAAGGAGUUUGUGGAGGCCUGUCUGAACAAGGAGCCAAGCUUUAGACCCACCGCCAAGGAGCUGCUGAAGCACAAGUUCAUCCUCCGCAACGCCAAGAAGACGUCCUACCUGACGGAGCUUAUCGACAGGUACAAGAGGUGGAGGGCCGAGCAGAGCCACGAGGACUCCAGCUCCGAAGACUCGGACACGGAGACAGAUGCGGACGGGCAGGCCUCAGGGGGUAGCGACUCUGGGGACUGGAUCUUCACCAUCCGAGAGAAGGACCCAAAGAGUCUGGAGAAUGGCACCCUGCAGCCAUCGGACUUAGAGAGAAGCAAGAUGAAAGACAUCCCAAAGAGGCCUUUCUCUCAGUGUUUAUCUACAAUUAUUUCCCCUCUGUUUGCAGAGCUGAAGGAGAAGAGCCAGGCAUGCGGAGGGAACCUGGGCUCCAUUGAGGAGCUGCGGGGAGCCAUCUACCUGGCGGAGGAGGCCUGCCCCGGGAUCUCAGACACCAUGGUGGCCCAACUGGUCCAGCGGCUGCAGAGAUACUCUCUCGGUGGUGGCGGACCUGCAUCCCACUGAACCCCAGCCCCGGCCUUUGGGGUGUGGUGGUUUGUUCCUUUUCUCUUUUUCACCCUCUUCCCAGCCCCCCUCCCCUUUUUUUAAAUGUCAACAACGGACUCUGCUGAAGAGGCACCCAAUUCCGGGGACUGCCCCCCUACACAAAGCCUCAAGACGGGUGGGCCGGCUGGGCCCCUCCCGGUGAUGGUUUUAUUUUAUUAUUCUUGGUGACUUUUGUUUUUUAAAUUUUAACCAUAGUGCACAUAUCAAGAUUAAAAGUGUCUUUAGCAAACGCAAGGAAACAGACCAAGUAAGCCCUGAAAUGUAUAUUUGGGAAUCCGCUAAGGCGACCGAAGAAACGUAACCUCAGGUAUCCUGCUUCCUGUGGACGGGCAGCCCGCCCCCCAGGAGAGAAGGCUCUGGCACCCCCAAGCCCCCCCACCCCACCCUGUGUACAGAUCUGUGUAUAUAUAACAGCAUCCUCCCCACGCACCCGUCUGUCGUGACGAGGGCAAUCACUGUGUACAAAUCACCCACGUGCUUCUGUAGAUAGUGCCCGUGGAGUAAAUAUCUGACCAGCCGGAACUGGA